AUGGUGCCGUUCGCGGGAUACUCUAUGCCGCUACAAUACGCGAACCAAAGCCACCUCGAAAGCCACCAUUGGACGAGGAAGCACUCUAGUUUGUUUGAUGUGAGUCAUAUGGUUCAACAUCACCUUAUUGGCCCUGGCGCGAAAGACCUUCUCAUGAAGAUCACUCCUUCGUCUCUCGAUACUUUAAAAGACAACUGUUCGACGCUUUCUUGCCUUCUCGAGGAGAGGACAGGCGGCAUCAUCGAUGACACGGUCAUUACUCGCCUCGGCUGUGAAUCAUUUUACUUCGUUACGAAUGCAGGGAGGAAGAAAGAGGAUUUGGAUUUCUUAACUAAAGAAAUUGAGGCUUUUAAACAACUACACGAUCCAUCGACUCGUGCGUCUGUUAUCCACUGGUCUAUUCUCAACAAUAGAGCUCUUGUGGCUCUGCAAGGUCCAUCAAGCGCUGCUGUUCUCCAGCCCCUCAUUACUCGUGGAGAAGCGUCUGUAGAGACAGACCUUAGCACGCUCUACUUUGGCCAGACCCGCCAGUUGCACCUUACUUUUCCUGACGGCUCUCAUACCCCUGCGCGCCUUUUGAUUUCUAGGACCGGGUAUACUGGAGAAGAUGGUUUUGAAAUUUCCAUACCCACAGAUCAAGAUCCGCAACUUCCACGUCGCAUUACAAACCUUCUCUUAUUGAACUCGGAAGUUCGGCUUGCUGGCCUUGCUGCCCGUGAUUCUCUCCGUCUUGAAGCUGGGAUGUGUUUAUAUGGACAUGACAUAAGCACUGCACACACACCUCCUAUUGCAGGGCUUAGCUGGGUUGUCGGUAAAGAGCGUCGUGACGUUUCGUCGCAAUUUUCAACUUUCAACGGAUCUUCGGUCAUCCUCCCGCAGCUAGCUUCUCCCGGCAAGAUGCUAAACGAGCGGCGCAUAGGUCUCACAAUCGAGGCGGGGGCACCUGCCCGCGAGGGCGCCGCUAUUGUUGACUUGGCUGAUGGAAUGACAAAGGUUGGGGUUGUUACGUCAGGACUUCCUAGCCCUACACUAAAUGGCACCAACAUUGCCAUGGGCUAUAUAAAGCAAGGCUUCCACAAGAAGGGCACCGAAGUGGGUGUCCUUGUGAGAAAAAAGCUGAGAAAGGCAACCGUCACCCAGAUGCCCUGGAUCGAGAGCAAGUUUUAUAGGGCCUAG